UCUACCAUACCUCCCCCAUCGACCUACCUUUUACUUAAUCGUCAACCCAUUGCCCGAUAAUUUGGGGUUGAAAAAAAAACCCCCAAAAAGAAAAAAGCAUCAUGGGUUCCGUGUACAUCCCUCCGAUCCGCCUCGCGAUACUCGAAGCCGACAACCCAGUUCCUGGAAUCAAAACUAAAUACGGGUCGUACGGCGGGGUCUUCAAAUAUCUUUUUGAGAGGGCGUGUGCAUCCCUAGAGCCACCCCAACCCCUCUCUGCCAUACUCGAGCUCUCGUUUCACGACAUUGUAAAUCACCCCGACUCGUACCCGGACCCCGAGACGAUCGACGCCAUCCUCAUCAGCGGCUCUAAGUACUCCGCAUAUGACAAUGACGAUUGGAUCGUCCGCCUCACUCAGUAUACGAGGCGGUGUCUCGAAGGCGGCCGCGUCCGUGUUAUCGGCGUCUGCUUCGGUCACCAGAUAGUUGGCCGUGCCCUUGGGGUCGAGGUCGGCAAGAAUGUUCGCGGAUGGGAGAUAAGCGUCACCGACCACAAGCUCACAGAAGAGGGAAAGAAGCUGUUCGGCGUACAGAAGCUGGCUAUCCACCAAAUGCACCGUGAUCAAGUGUUCUCGUUACCCCCAGGCGCCAUCCAGUUGGCCCGUACCGACGUGUGUGAUGUGCAGGCCAUGUAUAUCCCGAAGCGAUUUAUCACAGUGCAGGGCCAUCCCGAGUUCACCGACGAUAUGGUGCGUGAGAUCCUCGAGAUGCGCCGAUAUGGUGGUAUCCUAGGUCCGGAUAUCUUCGAGGACGGUAUGCGUCGUGUUAGUAAUAAGCACGAUGGCGUCGCCGUUGCUAGGGCCUUCCUGCGUUUCCUACGACAGUAAGGGAUGGUAGGUAGAGAAGGACAAGUAAAAAGAUAGGAGAGACUUAAAUUUAUACGGGCAUCCUCGAACAGCACCAUAAUAAGACGGGGCAGAAAGGAUCCGCAGGUGUUGGUUACACAAAAUAGGAUUGUGCUUCAUUGACCGGUUUUGAAGACCACUUUGAUGCAGAAUGAUCAUAUCUAUUACCAACUCAAUAUCACUUAACGGUUGAGUAGAAUAAGAAGGUUGUCGAUUAUCCGUUUUUCCUAUCACAUAUAGCAGACAUUGUCUCAGAUCGAGUAUCAAGAUCAAUCAAAUAAAAAAGAAAAAAAGAAUCAUCAUUGCACAAGUGCCAACAGAGAAGUGAUAAAUGAGUGAGACAACAUCACGUGUUGACUUAUUCUGCAUCCAAUAACCUAACCAUUCUUCUCUUUCAAGAAUUGUAAUUCCAUGGUAUGGAUCGUAUGGAUCGUAUGGAUCCUCA